GGUCUGUGUUUUUAAGAAGUUUGUGUUCUUUUUUUCAAAAGUUUAGACAGUUUGCCUGGCCUAUGUAUUUUGUGGAAGCUGCUGUGUGGGUUUAUUGCUGGGACUCCCUCAGUUGCAGUCCCUGCUCCGUUCCGCGAUGGAAACCCGGCUCCUGCUCCUGCUGCUACCUCCGCUUCUCUACAGCUUCAGCCCGAGUUCCGGUGCCCCGAGUCUCCGGGCCGUGCCCAGCCAACAGCUCCCAAAGAGCGACCCCACUCCCGGGAACAGCCCAAAACCAACACCGCAAACCGGAGAGAGGUUUCCCCAGCAGAGCACAGAUGUUGUGAGGAACAAAAAACAAAGAAAGGAAACAGUGAAGGAGACAGUGAGAGUGGUGAAGAAGAAGAAGAAGGUGAAGAAGGUUGUUAAAGAGAGAGAGAAAGCUCAGAAAGAGUGCCCACCUCUGGGAUUAGAGUCCCUGGGAGUUGAGGACGGUCAGUUGACAGCAUCUAGCAGCCUGAGAAUUGGACUGGGAGCUCAUCGAGGGCGUCUCAAUAUACAGGCUGGUCUCAAUGACGGUGACUGGUACGAUGGGGCCUGGUGUGCUGGCAAAGAGGACUCUGAACAAUGGCUGCAGAUUGAUUCCGGUCGCUUGACCAAGUUCACUGGGAUCGUUACACAGGGCAGAAAUUCCAUUUGGAGCUGGGACUGGGUUACCUCGUACAAACUGAGCUUCAGCAAUGAUACCUACAACUGGGUCACCUACAAGAAUGGCACUAAGGAUGUUGGAUCGGAGUUGUCUGGUUGGGCUACCGGUCGUUAUACCCUGCAGGGCUACGAUCUCAAUCACAACUUUGCUGACCUGAAUUCCAUACUGUGGGAUGCACAGGAUGAAGCCGAGGAUCCCAGCCUGAUCUCGAAUCACUUUAUUCCAAUCCCAGCCUAUUACAAAUGGCCGAAUGCAUCAGUUGCUCCAGAAACCCGAGCUGUGAUUAACUGGAUGAGGAAGAUCCCAUUUGUGCUGAGUGCAAACCUUCAUGGUGGAGACAUGGUUGUUUCUUACCCGUAUGACAUGGCACGACCCACUUGGCUGCAGCAGAAACUGACGCCGACCGCUGACGACACCGUAUUUCGCUGGCUUUCGUUCGUCUAUGCAUCGAGCCAUCGAGCAAUGGCACAGCACGACAGGCGGCUCUGUCAUGGGGACAAUUUCAUGCAGCAUAGUGACAUUAUUAAUGGAGCAAACUGGCACACUGUCCCUGGAAGUAUGAACGACUUCAGUUAUCUUCACACCAACUGUUUUGAGAUCACGGUUGAGCUGAGUUGUGAUAAAUACCCCCACCAGACUGAACUUCCAGCUGAAUGGGAAAAUAACAAGGAGUCCCUUCUUAUCUACAUGGAGCAGAUUCACCGGGGUGUAAAGGGCAUGGUGAGGGAUCGUGACAACAAUGGCAUCAAUGGAGCCAUCAUUGCAGUCGAUGGGAUUGACCAUGACAUAAGGACAGCUGUAGGUGGGGAUUAUUGGCGAUUACUGAACCCAGGAGAUUAUGAAAUCACAGCAAAAGCAGAUGGUUUCUACCCAGCAACUCAGACGUGUCGGGUUCGAUACAGUCGACGGCCAACAAUCUGUGACUUUGUCCUGACAGCGAGACCACACGCACAGCUCAGCAGCAAACAGGGCCCGGUGUCCAGGGGACCUGUGCGGUGGAUUCGCAAAACCAGAGGAAGGAAGAGACGGCAGUGAGCACUCACACACUCACUCUCACACACUCAUCACUCUUUCACACUCACUCUUACACACACACUCACUAGUGCAUGCAUUCUCGUGCACACACAC